GCACGGCAGUGACCGGUGACCCAGAGCAGUGACCUCGCGCUGGGGGUCCAUAUCUGCCGUGUGUGACGUCUCUUGCUGUUGACAUUCCCUGUUGUAGCAUUGGCUCAAUUUGACUGCACUAAUGGGCGAAUGUACGGAUACUUCCCCAAGUAGUUGUUACUCAAGUCUGUCACGUCGCUCCGGUAACUUUGAGCACGUACGUUGAGGCAUGGUUGACAUGGUUGAGGAGGCGACAUACUGAACUGGCCUUUGAAACCUUGUUUAUACAUUGGCUGAUACCAGUGACCGACCUUGACAUGCAUCAGUUUAGCACGAUCCAUGUACACAGGUUGUUCAUUCCAGUUGACUGAACACAUUUGUACACUGAAAUUAUAUGCGGCAGAGUUAUGGCGUUUGUUGCUAGUAUUCAUACUUUGACAAGACAUGGACUCGUCCGAGGCUCUGUUCCGAGCCUCAGGCAGGGCGGGGCAGCUGUGUUAAGGGGCGGGCUUGAGGCGCGGGGUACAAAAUGUGUUGGGCAACACCCCGACAGAAGGGCAGCAAGUUUGUUUUCGGUCUUUGGGCGGGACUGGUUCACUGGCGUUGGAAGAAACCUCCCCAGUAAAGUCGAGAUGACAGCAGGCUGUUUCAAGCCUAUCAGUAGCAUCAUGUCGAGGAAGGCCUACUCAACCCAGGCUGCACCGAAGGGGGAGAAGGAUCGUAGGUUUGUGAGCGUGAACAGGGAUGAUUCGGCCGGGCAAUACCGGGUGGAGUUCAGCAGUGGCCCGGUGGGCGUCUAUCCCUACGUCUGGAUGAGGGACAACUGCCGAUGUCCUGACUGCUACCACCCUUCCUCGUGGCAGAGAGCCUCCAGCAUUUCUGACUUGGACCCAGACGUGGUGCCUACUUCCGAGGAGCUGGUAGACGAGGGCAGUGUCUUGCGAGUCGUCUGGCCGGACCAGCACAGCAGCGACUUCCAGGCUGCCUGGCUGAACCGCCAGCGAUUCUCGGAGUCUGAGAAAGACGAGGUGGGCAGUCCGGAGCUGCAGACAUGGGGAGGAGAGCUGAACGGCAGAAUCCCUACUUUCGACUUCCAGCGACUCUUAGAAGAAGACAAGGAGCUGUACAACUGGCUGGAUGUCUUGAACGUCAAGGGAUUGGCCUUGGUGAAUGGUGCACCGAUUAGGCAGGGAGCCCUCGAGGAAUUGGCUGAGAAAGUUGCCUAUACGAAAACGACGAUUUAUGGGAAAACUUUUCAAGUUUUCAGCAAACAGGAAGCCAGCAAUCUUGCGUACACACCGAAGGCACUGUUGCUUCACAUAGACCUACCGUUUUAUAACUACACACCAGGGAUUCAAAUGCUACACUGCAUCGAGCAAACCAGUGACGCCUCGGGGGGAGCCAGCCAGUUCGUGGACGGCCUGCAAGUAGCAGAGCAGGUCCGCCAAGAGUUCCCGGAGAUGUACCAGACUCUCCGGACGCUGGAAGUGGACUUCCGAGACAAGGGCAGCGACUACCGCGUGUACCAUCUCAAAAAGAGGCGGCCUAUCAUCCAGUAUAACAAGUAUGGCGAGUUCAUGUGUGUUAACUAUAAUGACCACGUGAGGGCGCCAUAUUUGUCACUUCCGGUGGAGCAGGUCAAGGAGGUGUACAAGGCAAUGAAGCUGUUCGAGGAGUUCAUGUAUCGCCCUGGUAACCUGGUGGAGCACCGACUGGGAGCAGGAGAAAUAGCCACUUUUAACAAUGGCCGUGUGCUCCAUGGUCGCAGCAGUUACACCGUGACGAAGGAGGGAAGACGCCAUCUUGAAGGCGCCUACAUGGACUGGGACGAGGCUCACUCGCGCAUGCGCAUUCUCAGGGAGACGCUUUUCGGUGACGAACCACUGUGAUCAUAACAAAUAAUUAUGGUACACUCGGGAAAUGUCAAUUGAUACGGAGAAAACAGAUUGUGUGUUCUUUGGUGAUUUUGACAAUCAUGUUCCUCAAUUACAUAUAUACAUGUAUAUACCACAUUCAACAACAUGGAUAAGGGAUUGGAAAACUUUCGCUCGUACCCCCCCGCCCUGCAAACAGGACGCUGGGAUACUCUGAUGAAUUCACGCUCUGAUUGGUUGGAUUUUGCGUGACCAG